AGUAUCAUAUAAACCAUAAAAACUACUGAACAAAACGUUUUAGAAUUUAAAUUUUUCGAGAUAUUUUCAGUGAGCAUCAAAUUUGGGACACCCUGUACUUUGCUUUGCAGGCGUUUUUUAUCGAACCGUUUUUUAAAAGCAGGUUGUUGCUGUCAUUAAUAUAAUAAAUAAACCAUAAAAAUGAAUUAUUAUUUUAUAAUAUAGGAUGUCGACUCAUGUAAGCAGAGUGCACUGGUCAUAUUAUUUUUUUGUUUGUUCCUCAGUAAUGGAUUUGUUAAAUUGCCCUUAAUUGAACAGAAUAUUUACAAUAACAAUGUUCCAAACUUCCCACAAUAUGUAAUCCUUGAAUAAGACAAAAUUCUCCAUGAACAACUACCUAUCAAAAAACUUCAUCAAUAAAAAUAAUUAGGUAGAAUGAUUUUCACUGAGAGAUAUUCAACGAAAAUAUUAUGCAUAGGACAUGGGUACAUGUAAAUACUCAAAGCCGCCUAAUUAGUUGUCAGAAGUUGACGAAAACUUAGCAACUCAAGAUCCUUGUCGUGUGAUUUUAUAACAAUAAAAAUAAAGUGAUAAAAAUCUUACUCAUCAAAUGAUUUAAUCCUUGAUACCGGACAUUGAAGAAACAACAUUAUUUUGAUAUUCUUUCCAGAUGUUCGAUAAUUCCAUUACUUUUGUGUGAACUAUAGAAUUGUGAAAAUGUGUUUGAAUUGAUUGAAUCAUCAUACACGUAUCUACUUGUGUUUAUUUUUUUUUUGGGUUAACCCUGUCGAAAUGAAUUCUGAAUCUGGAUCUAAUUAUAAUUAUAAGGAUAAAACGACGACGAAUAGUAAUCAAGGAUUACCUGAAAAACUAUUUUUUAAGAGGGAAUCCGUUUUAACAGUUCUCUUUGAAAAUCCUCAUAUCAAAACAAUUCAUCAUAUUGCAAUAGUUCUUUUCUUAGGACUUGGUUCCUUAACUUUCAUCAAGGGCUAUUUAGAAAAUAAUGAAGUAGCAUCAGGAUUUCGUUUGAUAAGAGGGGGUUUCAAAAAUUUUCACAUAUCUAUAAUCACAUGGUUGUUUAUUUAUUUUUUAGUGUGUUGUUCGUAUUUUCUUUUUAUGACUUGGUCAAGACUGCGAUCUCAUUAUUCUACAUGUACAUUCAAAACAACACAAUGUGAUUAUGUUUUUGUUCAGUUCCUUCUUGCAUAUUAUUUAUUUUCAUUUUUAUUAAUUGCCUACUUAGUAACGAAUUUCAAUUUGGCAACUGGUUCUGCUGGUUUUAUUUUGAUGGAACAGAUCAGAUUAUUGAUGAAAGUACAUGCCUUCGUCAGAAGUAAUGCACCAAAAGUAUUGCAAUUCAAAGAAAAAUCGGAUGAAACUUUAAUUUUGCCAAACUUCAAACACUUCGUAUUUUUCACAUGGAUACCAACAUUGGUUUAUAAGGACGAAUAUCCUAGGACUAAGGAAAUCAAAUGGCGCAGAGUGGCUGGUUACGCCUCGGAAAUUAUUGCUGUGGUGUUCUUCUACUCCUUCGUCCUUGAGAGAUUCACAAUUCCUCUCUUCAAGGACUUCGGGCUCAGGAAAUUUUCAAUUACGGAACUUUUCCUGGAUUUCUUGGAAUCUCUUCUUCCAGCUGUAAUGUACUUGGUUGUGACGUUUUACCUCAUCCUUCAUCUGGUGCAGAAUCUCUUCGCCGAAUUGUUGUAUUUCGGUGACAGAAUGUUUUACAAGGACUGGUGGACAUCCACAGAUUUCCCAACUUAUUACAGAAAAUGGAAUGUUGUCAUCCACGAUUGGCUGUACGAAUAUAUUUAUAAAGACUGUUACGAAAUCCUGUCCAAUAAGCACGUAGCGAUAUACGUGACAUUUUUCUUGUCAUCAAUAGUUCACGAAUGGAUUGUUGCCUAUAUGUUGGGAUAUUUUCUACCUAUAAUGUUUUUACUGUUCUUCGGAGUGGGUACAAUAAUGAAUUAUGUGAAAUUUCCACGAAAUGCUCUUUUCAAUAUGUUUUUCUGGUUCUCUUUAGCGCUAGGCACUGGAAUGAUGAUGACAGCCUAUGCUUUGGAAUUUUACGCAAGAAUGAAUGAAGUACCUUCUUCAACUGGAAGUUGGGAUUUUUAUGUACCCAGAUUUUUGACUUGUGAUUAUUGUUAUACAUUUUAAUCAUGAGGAUUUAUUUUUAAGUAUUAAAUAAUAAGUGAGUUU